AUGUCUAUCCCCGGCAGAUUCAUGAUCAUUGUUGACGGAAAGCCCGUCGCCAAUCCUCAAGACAACGGCGAGCCCAUGAUACAAGCUCAGCCUGGCGACCCUGCUGCCAUCUUUGAGCUUCGAGACGGUCGUCUGUUCUCUGGUGAGUGGGCUCUGGGCCGUCUCAACUUUGAAGACCGAUCCAUGAUGCCCAAACGUGUCUUAUGGCGCAAGAGAGAGGCCGUCGAGGAGCUUCAGCCUGUUCAAGUCCAGGACUUUGGCGGUCCCCCCGAGCUCAAGUUCUCAGGUGCCGGUCUGGCAUUCAUUGAGAACAAGCUUUUUGCACCUAUCAUUGAAGGGGAGAACCAGCCUGUGCAGAUUCGCCCGUUGCCCUUUUAA